GAAUGGAAGAAGAAAAACGCGUAUUCUGAAAAAGAAACCAGCCACCUCAAUCUUUUCUCUCUUCACCGCUUCUCUCUCUCUGAUAAUUUUUUCCCCAAUUUCACAAGCAGCGAAAAUUAGGGUUAGGGUUUUCCGAAAACCCUUUCGUUUCGCUCGCUGCAACUGAAAGGGUUCUCACAAGCUCUCUGCGAUGUUUUCUUCUUCCUCAGUCAUCAAAUGGAGGUUCCACCACAAGCCCAUGACGCUCCUGCGGCUAUGCACACUCUCUUUGCUUCUCCUCUUCCUUUCGCUCGACGGCGUCGUUUCCUCGGAUUCCGACAAAUCAGUGCUCCUCCAGCUCAAGCACUCGCUCUCCGACCCUUCGGGCCUGCUUGCCACGUGGCAGCCUUCCACUCCCAACCACUGCGAGUGGUCCGGCGUGCUCUGCGACGACUCCGCCGCGCGCCGCCGCGUCGUGGCGAUCAACGUCACCGGAAACGGAGGUAACCGGAAACCCCCUCCCCUGUGCUCCGAUUUUGCUGAAUUUCCCCUCUACGGGUUCGGAAUCAGAAGGAGCUGCGAGGGUUUGGGUGGUGCAUUGUUCGGGAAAGUUUCCCCUCUUUUAGGUAAACUCACCGAGCUUAGGGUUUUGUCCCUUCCCUUCAACGGCCUCGAGGGCGAGGUUCCGGAGGAAAUUUGGGCCAUGGAGAAGCUGGAGGUGCUUGAUCUCGAGGGGAAUUUGAUAAGUGGGGUUCUCCCUGUGAAGUUGAAAAAUCUGAGGGUUCUUAAUCUAGGGUUUAAUAGGGUUGUUGGCGAGAUUCCGAGUUCGUGGUCUAGUGUUAAGAGUUUGGAGGUUUUGAAUUUGGCUGGGAAUGGGAUUAACGGGUCUGUUCCGAGUUUUGUGGGGAGGUUGCGAGCGGUGUAUUUAUCUUUUAACUUGCUGGGUGGGGCUAUUCCUUCGGAGAUCGGAGAACAUUGUGGUGGGAGGUUGGAGCAUCUUGAUUUGUCUGGCAAUUUGCUUGUUGGGGGGAUUCCGGGGAGUUUGGGGAAUUGUAGUGAGUUGAGGACGGUUUUGUUGUAUUCCAAUGUGUUGGAGGAUGUUAUUCCGGGUGAGCUUGGGAGGCUUAGGAAUCUUGAGGUGUUGGAUGUGUCGAGGAACACGCUUGGCGGGCCGGUGCCGAGGGAGCUUGGCAAUUGUUCUGAGUUGUCUGUGCUGGUUUUGUCUAAUCUUUUCAGUCCGAUUCCGGAUGUGAAUGGUACCGUGAGGGACUUGGGGGCGGAGCAGAUGGUUUCGAUGAAUAGUGAUGAGUUUAAUUACUUCGAAGGUACGGUUCCGGUGGAGAUUAUGAGCCUUCCUAAGCUGAGAGUCCUGUGGGCGCCCAGGGCGAAUAUGGAAGGCAGUUUAAUGAGCAGUUGGGGGACGUGUGGUAACUUGGAGAUGCUCAAUUUGGCUCAGAAUGAUUUCAAUGGGGAUUUUCCUAAUCAGAUUAGUAGCUGCAAGAGGCUCCAUUUUCUUGAUUUGAGCUCGAAUAACCUUACUGGUGAGCUGGCUAAAGAACUUCCUGUGCCUUGUAUGACUGUGUUUGAUGUUAGUGGGAAUGUAUUGUCUGGCAAGAUUCCUGAAUUCUCUAUUGGUGCUUGUCCGUCCCUUCCUUCCUGGAGCGGAAAUCUGUUUGAAAAUGACGAUCGAGCCCUUCCAUACAAAUCCUUUUUUAUGUCUAAGGUUCUUGGAGGGCCCCUUUUGUCAGCCGUAGGAGAAGUUGGCCGUUUCGUUUUUCACAACUUUGGCCAGAACAACUUUGCUGGCAUGGAGUCAUUGCCGAUAGCACGUGACAGGCUGGGGAAGGGGUUGGUUUACGUAAUCCUCGUUGGAGAAAACAAGUUGCCAGGACCGUUUCCUACUAAUUUAUUUGAGAAAUGUGAUGGGUUAAAGGCGCUGCUUUUGAAUGUCAGUUAUACUAUGUUAUCUGGUCAGAUUCCUUCCAAGUUUGGUAGAUUGUGCGGGUCAUUGAAAUUAUUGGAUGCAUCUGGUAAUCAGAUUACAGGGCCAAUCCCCGCUGGUUUGGGGGAUAUGAUCUCUCUUGUUUCUCUGAACCUAAGUCGGAACCAUUUACAAGGUCAGAUUCCCAUCAGCCUUGGCCAGUUGAAGGAUCUGAAGUUUCUCUCUUUGGCUGACAAUAACUUAAGUGGCUCCAUCCCUACCAGCCUUGGGCAAUUGUACUCUUUACAAGUCCUGGACCUUUCUUCAAAUUCUCUUACUGGUGAAAUCCCAAAAGGUAUUGAGAACUUAAGAGAUCUGACUGAUAUUUUGCUCAAUAAUAACAAACUUUCUGGACAGAUUCCUGCUGGUUUGGCAAAUGUCAGUACACUGUCAGCAUUCAAUGUGUCGUUCAAUAACUUAUCUGGAUCCUUGCCUUCAAAUAGUAACUCAAUAAAAUGCAGCAGUGCUGUUGGGAAUCCAUUUUUGCGCUCUUGCAAUGAAGUUUCUUUAACUGUGCCAUCAUCAGACCAAGGGCUGGUUGAUAAUUCUAGUUCUUAUACUGCUGCACCACCAGAAGCUACGAGCAAGAAGGGUGGGAAUGGUUUCAAUUCUAUUGAAAUAGCAUCUAUAACUUCUGCAUCAGCCAUUGUUUCUGUUCUUCUAGCCCUGAUCAUCCUUUUUAUUUAUACACGGAAGUGGAACCCUAAGUCCAGGGUUGUUGGGUCUACAAGAAAAGAAGUUACAGUGUUUACUGAUAUUGGGGUUCCAUUGACAUUUGAAAAUGUUGUCCGUGCCACAGGAAAUUUCAAUGCUGGCAACUGCAUUGGGAAUGGGGGAUUUGGAGCAACCUAUAAGGCUGAGAUAGUACCUGGAAACCUAGUGGCAAUAAAACGUCUUGCAGUUGGACGAUUCCAGGGUGUUCAACAAUUCCAUGCAGAGAUUAAGACCCUCGGAAGGCUUCGCCAUCCAAAUCUCGUCACUUUGAUUGGUUAUCAUGCCAGUGAGACAGAGAUGUUUCUCAUAUACAACUAUUUGCCAGGUGGUAAUCUGGAGAAGUUUAUUCAAGAGAGGUCCUCCAGGGCUGUGGAUUGGAGGAUUCUUCACAAGAUUGCAUUGGAUAUAGCUCGUGCACUUGCAUACCUGCACGAUCAGUGUGUACCUCGUGUUCUUCAUCGUGAUGUCAAGCCCAGUAAUAUCUUGCUAGAUGAUGAUUAUAAUGCUUAUCUAUCUGACUUUGGAUUGGCUAGACUUCUGGGAACCUCAGAAACUCAUGCUACCACUGGCGUAGCAGGAACAUUUGGCUAUGUUGCUCCUGAAUAUGCCAUGACUUGUCGUGUUUCCGACAAGGCUGAUGUGUAUAGCUAUGGUGUAGUGCUUCUGGAGUUGCUCUCAGACAAGAAGGCAUUGGAUCCUUCAUUUUCUUCAUUUGGGAAUGGCUUUAACAUAGUAGCAUGGGCAUGCAUGCUACUGCGACAAGGCCAGGCAAAGGACUUCUUCGCCGCCGGCUUAUGGGAUGCUGGACCUGAAGAUGAUUUGGUAGAGGUCCUACACUUGGCUGUUGGUUGCACGGUUGACUCUCUCUCAACCAGACCUUCAAUGAAACAUGUUGUGCGGCGGCUGAAGCAACUUCAACCCCCAUCAUGCUAGCCAUUCGAUCAUCCUGAUGAGGCUGUGAUAGUUUGAUUGACAUAGUAAUCUUAGAAAUAUUGUAAUUUGUGAUUUAGCAUCGAGUCCUUUUUUGUGGGACUGCUCUUAGGUUGAGUUGGAAAUUGUACUUAAUCCCCUUCCCCCUCCUUCCCUGUACAUUGUAAUAUAGUUGUGCCCCCAAUUUUCGAUGCUCCUUUCCUGAUUAGGUUAGGGGGCUUGGUGAUGUUUCUGCAGAAGAAUGCAGAGAAUUUGAUGUCCAAUGCCAUACUUGUCUAUUCCAGUUUGAUUUGUUCAAUAAAAUCAUAGAAUAGAAUCAAGUUUUCGGAAAGAAGUCUUUAUUGCUUUCUCCUGGUGAUGUUUUAUUUUAUUUGGUUGAUGAUGUUUUUGAAGAAAAAAAAUGUCUACUAGUCCCUGCAAGCAGUGUGUAUUUUUGGGUAUAAUGGUGGUAACGAGGUUUGAGUUUAUU